GGAAACUUGGCCGCUCGCCAUCCCGCUUCUCUUUACUUUCCACCACAAUCACUGACUUUCGCUUCCUCUAUAUAUCCCAAUAAUUUCUUCUCUUUUCUUGUGCUUAUUAACUCCGAAGCAAACGUUGUUGUACCCUAUUGUUGCCAGCCAUGGCAAGCCCAACGUCUGGCUACUCGAUAAACGUCAAUGACCCCAGCUUGAUUUCGCUGGUCAACAAACUCCAGGAUGUCUUCUCGACCGUAGGGGUCCAAAACCCCAUCGAUUUGCCCCAAAUCGCAGUCGUCGGUUCGCAGUCGAGUGGAAAGAGUUCCGUCUUAGAGAACAUCGUCGGCCGGGAUUUCCUCCCUCGUGGUUCUGGAAUUGUUACUCGACGUCCCCUCAUUCUGCAACUCAUCAACAAACCCCCGCAAGCGAACGGCGUGAAGGAGGAGAAGCUCGAAACGACGGAUAAGGAGGCGAACGUGGACGAGUAUGGCGAGUUCCUGCACAUUCCAGGCCAGAAGUUCCACGACUUCAACAAGAUCCGUGAGGAGAUUGUCCGCGAAACCGAGACCAAGGUCGGUCGCAAUGCCGGAAUCUCUGCUGCACCCAUCAACCUGCGAAUCUACUCCCCCAACGUCCUCACCCUGACACUUGUGGAUCUGCCCGGUUUGACCAAGGUGCCCGUCGGUGACCAGCCAAAGGACAUUGAGAGGCAAAUCCGCGACAUGGUUUUGAAGUAUAUCAGCAAGCCCAACGCCAUAAUAUUAGCUGUGACGGCCGCGAACCAGGAUCUUGCCAACUCCGAUGGGCUGAAGCUCGCACGUGAGGUGGACCCGGAGGGUCAGCGCACAAUCGGUGUGUUGUCCAAGGUCGAUCUCAUGGAUGAGGGCACAGACGUGGUGGAUAUUCUUGCUGGCAGGAUUAUCCCUCUGCGUCUGGGUUAUGUUCCCGUGGUCAACCGUGGACAGCGCGAUAUUGAGAACAAGCGACCUAUCGCAUAUGCACUGGAGAACGAAAAGAACUUCUUCGAAAACCACAAGGCGUACCGGAACAAGGCUUCGUACUGCGGAACACCGUACCUGGCCAGAAAGCUGAACUUGAUCCUUAUGAUGCACAUCAAGCAAACGCUCCCGGAUAUCAAGUCCAGAAUCUCCUCCUCCCUGCAGAAGUAUUCGUCUGAACUGUCACAGCUUGGCGACUCCAUGCUCGGCAACAGCGCCAACAUCAUUCUUAACAUCAUCACAGAAUUCAGCAACGAGUACCGGACAGUUCUGGAGGGUAACAACCAGGAGCUUUCCAGCGUCGAGCUUUCAGGUGGUGCCCGUAUCAGUUUCGUGUUCCACGAGCUCUACGGCAACGGUGUGAAGGCAGUCGACCCGUUCGACCAAGUGAAGGACAUUGAUAUUCGGACCAUCCUGUUCAACUCGUCUGGUUCAUCGCCUGCACUCUUCAUCGGCACUACAGCUUUCGAGCUCAUUGUCAAGCAACAGAUCACGCGCCUCGAAGACCCAAGUCUGAAGUGUAUCUCUUUGGUCUACGACGAGCUUGUCCGUAUUCUCGGACAGCUUCUGAACAAGCAACUGUUCCGUCGCUACCCGAUGCUGAAGGAGAAAUUCCACGCAGUUGUGAUUGCGUUCUUUAAGAAGGCCAUGGAGCCUACGAAUAAGCUUGUCCGGGAUCUCAUUGCUAUGGAGUCGACUUACAUCAACACUGCCCACCCCGAUUUCCUCAACGGACACCGGGCAAUGGCCAUUGUAAACGAACGUCAUGCUGCUAGUAAGCCGACUCAGGUGGACCCGAAGACGGGCAAGCCUCUACCCCCCCGCGCAAACAGCCCCUCCGUUGAACCCACUCCUGCUGGUGCGGACACUAGCAGUACUGGAUUCUUUGGCAGCUUCUGGGCGUCAAAGAACAAGAAGAAGAUGGCGGCUAUGGAGGCUCCCCCACCAAACCUCAAGGCAUCGGCCGCUUUGUCUGAACGUGAAAGCACCGAGGUGGAGGUUAUUAAGCUCCUCAUUACCUCCUACUACAACAUCGUUAAGCGUACGAUGAUUGAUAUGGUCCCGAAAGCUAUCAUGUACACUCUCGUGCAAUUCUCCAAGGAAGGAAUGCAGCGAGAACUGCUCGAGAACAUGUACCGUAACGCCGAACUAGACGACCUGCUGAAGGAAAGCGACUACACCAUCCGGCGGCGGAAGGAGUGCCAGCAAAUGGUGGAGAGCCUUAGCCGCGCGAGUGAGAUUGUCAGCCAGGUGCAGUGAUUGCAGUAGAACGCGACUUGUGAUUCCCACUUCGUUCGUCUUUCGUUUCCUUCUACGUCUUGGUUUUGGUGGGGAAGAUUCGGCACUUUCUUUUGUUUAAGGGACCCAUGCCUUAUGUUUAUAGUUUUCCUGAUAUGAGCAAAGGGUUGCUACGGCUGCAUUUCUUUCUGAUGUCGGGUCUGGAUCUUUCUCACGAAUUUGUAUCGCCUAAUGAUGAUGCUUGCGCUAGAAUAAGACCGUGAAUUUGUGCGUGUUGGCAGUGUACUGAGUACGGUAUGAAGUAGCCUUGCAGUAUAAAAGUAUCCUAUCAAUAGUCUGAAACUGUUGUCUUUGUGCACAUAAGUGGCAUUAGUCGAGUCUCGAGUAGGAAGCAGUC